AUGGAUUUCAUUCAACAAAGCGAUGAAACUGAGCUAGUUAUAUGCUUCAAUGGUGGUAAAGAUUGCACUGUGUUACUUCAUUUAAUCCAUGCUGCAGUUCAACAUCGAAAUAAUAAUUCAAAAAUAAAACCUACGAGAUUACCCAAACUUUUAUAUAUUCGUUCAUGUUCUACUUUUCCAGAAAUUGAACUAUUUGUUAAGAAAACAAUCGAUGCUUAUUAUUCAUUAUCUAACAAAAUUUUACGACCAGAUUUAAAACAACAUGAAAAUGGACAGAAUAAUGUUAAUUCACAGUCUUCCUCAUGUUCAGUAGAUAGUGAUGUAAUUAUAUAUGAAGGGUCUAUUAAAAGUGCAUUGGAAAGAUUUUUGCGGGAUUAUCCUGAAGUAAAGGGUGCUUUUAUGGGCACAAGAUUUACAGAUCCUGGAGCACAGAAACUGUCACAUAUGAUGAUGUCAGAUCCUGAUUGGCCUCAAAUUCUUCGAAUUAAUCCACUUUUAGAGUGGACUUAUUCUGAUAUUUGGAAUUUUCUUCGAUCUCUUUCACUUCCGUACUGCAGUUUGUAUGAUGCCGGAUAUACAUCAAUUGGAAGUGUGGAAGGCACACACCCUAAUCCCCAAUUAAAAUACAUAACAGAAAGUGGACGGAUCGCAUACCAUCCAGCCUAUACAUUAAACGAGGAAAUUUGUGAACGCAUCGGUCGUGUACAUACAAAUACAAAGCUCGAUUGAAUCAAAGCCAUAUAUAAGUUAGCUUUUCAAAGAAACACUCGUAAGACAAUUGUUGACGGAGAUUUACGAUUUUGGAUAGACAGCUAUAAAAGACUGUUUUCGCAACCGUUCAGUACCAUACGUAUUCUGAAUAUGCUUAAAGCUUUAACAAUACGUUUACAGAUAUAAAUAUCAACUCAUCUUAAACGUACCUUAGUUACCUUUUACUAACAAUGCUAUAACAUAGAUUGAUGAAGUCCGUUUUCUUGGUGUAUCCUUCGUCAUAACAUCUCUUGACAAAACCUCACAAUUCACGUAUACUCACUUAUAAGUAAAACUUGUCUCACUCACCGAAAAUGUGGAAUGGAUGAAUAUUACCGACUAACCACUUAAGUUGGAAGUGAGUAUAAAUUUUCGAAAUGUUCCGCAGAGUUCUUUAUAGGCUAUUUGUAGCUGAUGGCGAUUUCAGAUUCCACUUUGGAAGCGUUUAAAUCUCUGUUUCGUAGUACAGUUUACAAUUCGAC